GCGUCUGGGAAAGUCCAUUAAAAAAAAAAAAAGCGCGGCUAUUCCACGCUGGGCGCCUCCCUCCCGCCGUUGUGGAUGGGACGGGGGCUGAGAAGGCGCCGGUGCCGCCCUAAGCCAUCUCUGGCGCUGAGGGAGGGUUCCUGGAACAGCCAGGGUACAGUGUCUGCCUUGGAGGAAUAACCGCACCAUCCGGCGGUCUGCGUGCGCGGAUAAAUUUGUUUCGCCAGAUAAAUCCCGGAGGAGCCAAACCUUGGCAAGGGACGGGAAAGCAAGCGGGCGACUCGGGUCCUCCUGGAAAUUGUUCCCAAAGCAAGAAGGGACGGUGGCUUGCUACCUCAUUGCCGCCACCUCUUUUGCAAGUUCCGUUCAAAGGGCAUUUGUUGCUUUAAUUUCCUCUCUGAAUGGAUAAUCAGACUGUGCUAGCCGUUCAGUCCUUGUUAGAUGGCCAAGGAAGUGUUACAGAUCCAUCAACACAGACAGUCAACACAUCUUCAUCCAUCCAGUCCAUGGAUGACGAAGAUGUAUUUCUCUGUGGGAAAUGUAAGAAGCAAUUCAACUCAUUGCCAGCAUUCAUGACUCAUAAGCGGGAACAGUGUCAAGGCAAUGCCCCCUCACUGGCUACAGUCUCCCUAGCUACUAACAGUGUGUAUACCCCGUCCAUUACCUCAGUACAGCAGGCUCAGACCACCAAUCGUCAGAUCUCUACAUAUAUUACUGUUCCACCCUCUCCUUUGAUCCAAACAUUAGUCCAAGGGAACAUCUUAGUGAGUGAUGAGGUUUUGAUGUCAGCCAUGUCUGCUUUCACAACCUUGGACCAGCCAAUGUCCUCAGUGCAAUCCACUGUGCAGAGCAGCUUGAAUAUGCAUCCUGGAGCAGGAUACCUGUCUCAGCCUCCCCCACCCCCUCCACCUCCUCAGCCACCUCCACCCCCUCGAGCCCUUGGUGUGCCAGGCCCGGCCAAUGCAGGUAGCAGUGGAGUGGCGGAAGUCUACAGUACAUCUACCUCCAUGCCUGGGAAUGGGACAGUAGAAAUACAGAAUCUGGGGAUGCAGCCGUAUCCACCUUUGGAGGUGCCCAGCCAAUGUGUGGAAAACCCAGUGUAUCCUUCCCCUCCAGUAUAUAGUCCAAGCAAACAAAGCUUUAAGUCUAAAAAUGCUAAUACUGCUGCUUCCUUGAAUAAUACAUGUGGAGGAAAUCUGACCAAUUUUGAUUCUGCUUCCAAGAACCGUCGUUCCAAACCAGACAAUAAUUUGCUUGAAGGAAAGCCCAAGUCACCAAAACUGAAAUGUACAUACUGUGAUAAAGCCUUCACCAAGAAUUUUGAUCUGCAGCAACAUAUCAGGAGUCAUACCGGAGAGAAGCCAUUCCAGUGCAUUGUGUGUGGUCGAGCGUUUGCGCAAAAAUCCAAUGUGAAGAAGCACAUGCAGACACAUAAGGUGUGGCCACCAGGAAUUGGGUGUACCAUCUCUCGGAGCUCUGUCACUGUGCAAGUCAUGCAACUCAACCCCAACCAGCAGGAGGAUGAGGAAAAUGCAGGCUUAAGCCAGGCUCCAAGAAGCAGCCCUCCACAGCCUCAAGCCCUGCCUCCUGGGGAAGAACAUGACGCGGCAAAGUUGGAAGCCAAGCAAGUGGUCUUGAUAGACAGUUCUUAUCAGUGCCAGUUCUGUCCCAGCAAAUUCAAUACAUAUUUCCAGCUGAAAUCACACAUGACUCAGCAUAAACAUGAACAGGUGUACAAAUGCGUUGUGAAAAGUUGUGCCCAGACAUUUCAAAAGCUGGACUCUUUCUUAGAGCAUAUCAAGAACCACCAGGAAGAGCUGAGCUAUCGCUGCCACCUCUGCAGCAAGGAUUAUCCUUCUCUGUAUGAAUUGGGUGUCCAUCAGUAUUCCCACAACUUGCUCCCUCAACACAGCCCCAAGAAGGACAUGGCAGUUUACAAAUGUGUCAAAUGUGUAAAUAAAUAUUCCACACCAGAAGCCCUGGAGCAUCACUUACAGACAGCAACACACAACUUCCCCUGUCCUCAUUGUCAGAAGGUGUUUCCCUGUGAGAGGUACUUGCGAAGGCAUCUCCCUACACAUGGAGGAGGAGGCAAAUUUAAGUGCCAGAUCUGCAAAAAGUUCUUCCGCCGAGAACACUACCUCAAAUUACACGCACACAUUCAUUCAGGUGAAAAACCUUUUAAGUGUUCAGUGUGUGACUCAGCCUUUAACAGGAAAGAUAAACUCAAACGGCAUAUGCUGAUCCAUGAGCCUUUCAAGAAAUACAAAUGUCCAUUCUCAAAUCACACAGGCUGCAGUAAAGAGUUCAAUAGACCAGACAAGCUGAAAGCUCAUAUUUUAUCCCAUUCAGGUAUGAAGAUCCACAAGUGCCAGUAUUGUAACAAAGCCUUCAGCCGGCGAGCUCAUAUGAUGGAACAUCAGCGUUCUCACACUGGCAACUAUAAGUACCGUUGCCCUACGUGUAGCAAAGGCUUUACUCGCCAGAAGUACAUGAAGGACCACAAAUGUAGGAUGAACUCAUCAAAGGAUAAAGAAUUACCAGUCAGAAAAUCCCAGAAGAAGUGGGGGGCACGUGGGCGGAAAAUGGGACUUCCUCUUUCAGCUCAGUUGACUUUCACGGAACUCAAAGACACUACAGGUGGAGAGAGCCUUCAAAAAAGUGGUCCCAAUAAAGAACAAUUUUCUGAACCUGACACUGUUCUCUCCAUUGUGGUUGGCAGAUCAACAGCAAAUUCAGACACUGGCAACUCUGGCCAGCAUUCUGGCAUUUCACCCAACCUUGCUCUGACAGAAUUGCAACCUGGCUCUGAGAGUCCAUGUGCCAUGCUGGCAGUCCCUGUUUACAUCCACACUACUGACUAAUUGACAAAUGCUAUGCUGCGUCCAUUUAGUAGGAGGGAAAAGUUCCUGUGUUUACUGAUACAAAAGAACUGCUGCAGAGAGUGAGAAAUGAAUGGUGGUGUAUGUGUAUAAAUGUGUGGCUUCACCAAUGCAGAGAACAGCAUUCUUUUAAAGAAACAUGUUACAAAGUGAAGUCAUUCCUCUCCUUAUCUGGAUGAAUUCAUUUGAAGAAGCUGUUAAAAACAGAUGAUAGUUUUAUAUUCUUUUUAUUUAAAGAUAUCCGGUGCUUAAAUAUUCUUUCAAGUUCUUGAACUCUGAAUCUAGAUCACCGCAACAUUUUUUUCACAUUUCUUGAUUUAAUUUUAUUGUUUCAUUAUGGAGCACUUACAGCAAAUGGUAAUGACACCAAAAUGACAAAAUGUGCAAGAAAAUGUUAUUGUGCAAAUAUUAUGUACUUGAAAUUUCCAUAAUGAUGCCAUCACCCAUGUUACUUGCUCCCCUGUGCAUUCCUAGGACCACAUUUAUGGUUCUAUCCUAAACCCUACGUUGCACUUUCAAGAUGAAGGUUUAUUCAUAACAUGAUCCUUUGAAAAGUUCACAGACGUAUUCAUAAAAGUAUUUUUUUUACCAUUUCCUUUUCUCAGGGUAUAUAUAUAAAUGGGGAAAUUUACAAACAGUAGACAAAGCUGGAGCCUCCCCCCCCAAAAAAACUUUCUCAGAUUUGCUGAUAAUAAACAGCAGCUUUGGAAGGAAAUACAUCUGAACAUAUGAUUUUGAAAUGGGAGAAUAUCACAGGAAUCUGGAUUUCAAAGAAAAAUGUGACUCUUUCAAGAGUUGAGGGGUGCUAAAUUUGCACCUGCUAAGAAAGAACUGGGAAAGGGGACAAAAGGGAGGAAAGACCAGCACGUACUGUAAUGGUGCUCAUUCUCUUUUCCAUCCGUUUGUAACACCACAGUUAUUCAUUACAUUAAAGAAGAGAGCUUUCUAAGGCGGUUUUUCUCAACCUCAUGCUGACGGGAAUUCUGGGAGUUGAAAUCCACACGUUGCUGAGGUUGAGAAACGGAACUCUAAGGUACUUCAACAGUAGGCUCAGUGACAAUGCGCUUGUGGAGCAUUGUAGCUUGAUCUUGUAGCUUAUUUGAUAGAGGGAAACUGGUGAAGGGGACCAUCUUCUUGGACCUGAGCAAGUAGUUGCUUCGGGUUUAUUAAAGACCAGAUUGAAAUAAGUAUGGAUGAUAUUAAUUUAAUCAAUGAAUUAUAUUAGUACCAAUGAAUUACUUGUGCUGAUGUUAUGUUAUUUUUUUCCCAAGAUGUCCUGCUAUCCGAUUGCAAUUGUUCUUGAGUGUAUGGUCCACAAGCUUCUGGAAAACAUGCAUUCUGUGACACUACAGAUUGUUAAAUCUUUGAGUCAGAA